GUCCAGAUGUUCUGAUCCAGAAAUGCUGUAACCUGCAGAGGAGGGUCAGAGAGAAAGCGCUGGUCCAGGCCUUCACUGCAGUACUAAUCAUACUACUAGGUAACGGUAAAGUGAUGGUGGAGGUGAAACAGACCUCAGAGCAGCUUCCACCUGAGGAGACUGCAGGAGUCCUCCAGGUGAAUGAGCUUGCUCCUGAUGAAGAGGAGGAUGAAGAGUGGGAUCUGACCGUAUCAUAGACACCAGAGGACUGCGGGCAGAGCAGUGGUGCAUGCUGGGAACAGAUUCAUGUUUAAUUUAUUCAAUAAACGAGGUUGAUCAGU